AUGUCUUUAGACGUAGCAGCGGGCAGCUCGCUGAUGGGGCGGUGCGCUUACGAAGGGAGGGCAAUGAUCGAAAAGAUGGUGGUCAAUCAGACGAGCUGGUCGGAGCCAUCACAGGGUCUUUACCAGGUUGCUCAGAGCUCAGUUGAGACUGUCCCGAGCCAGACGAAGGCUGUAGAAACUAGGGGAGGGAAGCGAACGUCAUCGUCAGUGCUGCCUGACAAAGAUUUCAUAAUUAUGGAAAUGAGCGAAGAUCGCGAAAUUCCUAUCAUAUUGAGAAGACCUCUCAUUGCCACCGCUCAAGCUAAUAUCAAUGAAGAAAACUGUGAUUUUAUCGAUGAAUUAAAUGAAUUAACUUCUCUUGAGAAUAGUUUAACCUUACAAUUUCUUGAGGAAAUUUCAGAAAAUGAUUCGCUUGUACUGGGGCAGCUUGAGGACUCAAAUGAGCGGAGUGAUAGCUCACCUGUACCCAUUGAGUCUAUAAAACGAGCAAAGAGAGACCGAGAAAGCAAAUCUAUAGUAAGGGAUGAGUUGAAUAAGCUACCAGAGCAUCUGAAAUAUGUGUUCCUUGGCCUGGAUGAGACUUACCCGCUGAUAAUCUCCACCUCGCUUGUACUGGAUCAAGAGGCUCAACUCAUAUCCAUUCUCAAGAGAAGAAAAACGAAAUUUGCAUGGAAAAUAUUAGAUAUUAAAGGAAUCAACCAAGAGGUGUGUAUGCACCAUAUAAGACUGGAAGCUGAAGCGAAGCCAUGUAGACAGCCUCAACGACGCCUUAACGAGAAUAUGCAAGAAGUUGUUAAGAAAGAGGUGCUCCUAAAGAAAGGGGACUUUGCCGAACAGACAAGUGACGAUGGGCAGGUCUUCAUGACAAGACUAGUCACAGGAUUGAGAGUCUGUAUCAACUACAAAAGGCUGAAUGAAGCGAUGAAGAAAGAUCAUUUUCUACUGCCAUUCCUUAAUCAAUGCCUUGAGAAGCUUUCAGUACACGAAUACUAUUGUUUCCUGGACGGCUACUCAAGCUACCACCAAAUUCCCAUCAAACCGGAGAACUGUGAGAAAACUACGUUUACUUGUCCAUAUGGUACGUUCACUUAUCGGAGGAUGCCUUUUGGGCUUUGCAACGCCCCAACAACCUCCCAACGAUGCAUGUCCCACAUUUUCAGUGAUAUCCUGGACUUUUGUAUCGAAGUUUUUAUGGAUGACUUCUCAGUUUAUGGCAAGACUAUCUUGCUCACUGGAAUUGAGGUGGACAGAUCAAAAGUUAGUGUAAUCGAAAAGAUGUCAGCGCCCUCGAAUGAGAAAGAAGUUAGAAUUUUCUUUGGCAACGCCAGUUUUCACCGUGGCUUUAUCAAGGACUUCAGCAAAAUUAUUCAACCGCUCACCGUGCUGCUGUGCAAAGAUGCCAAAUUUGAGUGGUCGAGUGAGUGUGAGGAGGCUUUUCUGAUCCUAAAGGAAAAACUCACCACCGCUCCCAUCAUUUCCGCACCAGUAUGGAGCAAGCCAUUCGAGUUAAUGACAGAUGCAAGUGAUUAUGCUGUCGGCGAUUCCUUCCUAGUCAAUAGAGCGAGGCUGAAACCUUAUGUGUGGAUAAGUUCUGCCAAGCGGAGCCAUAAAGAUCAGUGUUUUCGCUCUCCCACACCACCGGAAGCCUACUACAAGCGAAGAAAUGUGCUUGAAUUGGCUAAGGAUUGGAGCGAGCUGAGGAAGCUGAAAGUUGUAGAAUUCCAAAAAUUCAUCCCAGAGUUCCCGGAGGAUUACCUGAAAUUCGAAUACACAGACAAAAUUGAUCAGAGGUAUCCGGUGAGCGACUGA